AAAGCAAGCCAAUGAGCGGUUUCCACUUUCGAGUACAAGUAUAAAGCAAGCCAAGCGGCUUUUUCAUUCUAGUCUUUUCAUUUCCGAAUUCCGAUUGUGCUUGCAAGUCUGGUGCUUUGCCUUCAAUUCUGUCUGCCUCUGGCAUAAGUGUUCUUGUAAUGGCGUAUAUACCACCGCACAAGCGAAACUCAAAUGAAGCCGAGAGGCCAGUGCUAACUCCAGACAAGCUUGCUCCUUUAUUUAUGAGAAAUGUAAAUGUAAGGUCAUCUAAGUCUAAUAAUAAAUGGGGUUCAAAGAUAAUCUAUGCAGACCAUGCUAUAUCGAAAUGGUGGGCAGUUGGUUUGAAUGAUGACACCCGGUUCCCCUCUUCUGUUAAUCUUAAACCCAUUUCCUCGGAAACCAUUGAGCACAGAAUUGGAGAAAAGCCUCUAGCGUUAAGGAAUUCUGAUCUUGAUGAUGGUAAUGAGGUACAAUUGGACUUGCCAAAGAGCCCAUGGGUAUAUAUUGCAAAGAAUGUGGUUGAAGACCUACUUGUGUCUUUUGAAAAUGUGAAGGAGGAAGUGAAGUCCCCAAAGUUAGAAGGUCUAAAGCCUGCAUUGGUUGCUCGAGUUGGAAAAAUUCUUUUCCAUAGGACCCCUUCAGUUACCCUGGAAUCUCUCGGAGAAAAUUUGACUACUGCAAUGUUGAAAAAUUGGAAGAAAACAUCAUUUUACGCAAAUGUUCCUGUUUCGUAUACAGAGAAGAUUGUAAAUGAAGUUGUCCCGAAUAUUGGAGCUGCUUUUGAAUCGGAGAAAGAUAUAUACCAAGUAAAGUUGGCUGAUUCAACAAAACCAGACUCAACUCUCUCCUGCAAAUGCAGUGUGAAAGAUGGAAAGCUACAACUGUACAAGGUUGAACUAAACCAAGUGCGUUUUAUGUUGAUGGACAUGUCCAUCCCUAAUAAGAAUCUGGACCUGAGACUGAUGUUAAACAUGAAGAGAGUUUUAACAAGUCAGACUGAUGAUGAGAUGCAAAGCAUUAGGGAUCUGGUUGAUUCUGCGAUUACAGAUCCAGAUGUGAAGGGUGGGUUGAGAUGGCCCCUGGAGAAGACAUCUUCUGGAAAGUACAAUGUCAUUGGGGUUUGGCAUGUAAGAGCUAAAGCAUAUAAAAAUCAGUCAUUAAGAUUCAAGGUCAGGCAUGCCGAUCGAUUUGAUUUCAUAACCUCAAGUGGGGAAGCAUCUUGGGAGACCAGUCUGAGGUUGAAAAAGGUUGUCUCAGAGUUAAAUGAAGAGAAGGUUGAUGUCAGCUCGGUUACUGAGAUGCUGGAGGAAGAUAUGAAGUUCAUCUGGGACAACUUCUUAACCUGUGAAAGUUUUCUCACAUGAAAGUAGAUGUCGUAAGUCUGUAAAUCUAUCUCUCUAUCGUUUCAAUUCGUCAUUGCAGAGUAUGAGGAUAAUUAAAAACAGAUUGCCACAGCUGGUUUACUGUUCAUGC